AUGAGCACGAGAUCAAAGGCUCUGAAUGCAUACAGGCAUGGCUUGAGAGCAGCUCGAAUAGCUUUCCAGAAUGAUACUGAAGUAUUACUAGCCGCGAGAGCCAAAAUGCGUUCAGGCAUGUUAUGUCCCCCAAAUCCUAAACUAACCACAGAGGAACAGGUCCAACAUUUAGAAGACGUGGCUGUUUUCCUGAGACGAAACUUGGUUCAGGGUAAAAAAGUUGAUUGCGCAAAUAAAAAGGAGCCUAGGUACCAUUUGAACAUUCACAAAGACACCGAACUGGGUGAUAAUGAAACGGUUGCAGACCCCACAGCAAGAGUGAAAACAAACUUAAAGGCAAGACCAUUCAAGUGCUCUGAUAAGAAGCAAUGA